UUUGAAUUACGGCAGCAGCAUUCUCGCUCAAUACUGGGCCAUUCUCAAAAAUUGCUGUCAUAAUUAGUCCCUUGUACAAAAUAACCCGAAAACAUGCUCCAUUUUGAAAAGUCCUGAAGUUUUCCUUUUUAAUUUUUUUUUUCUUUAUAACAUGUUGAAAGUUAUAAAUGAUAAUGCAUGUGUCCGGAUUAUACUCAACAGAUUUUUGGGGACGAAUCAAUUGUUCUGCUGAUCGCUGUAGAUACUAUUUACCAACAAAGAAGGUUUCUUCUAUUUCUCUUCUCUAUUACAGCAAUUUUCUACCAAAACAUUGAAUCUUCCUGGGAACAUGGGCCCCUCUUCUUUGUUUUGGCUUCUGCUGUGGAGUCCAAUUUUCCACUUAACAUUAUCAACUGAACUGAGAACGUUUGUGAAAAUUAAGGAAGGGUCCUGGAAUGAAGGACAAAGGACGUGUGUGGAGGGAGGUGGUCAUCUCGUGACUUUACAUAAUCGCUAUGAUGUCCAAUUGAUUCAUAAAUUAAUAAAUGAGCCAGGAGCGUCAGCCUAUCUUGGUCUUCAUGAAAAGCAAGAUGCACAUCGAAGCGAAUGGUCAAAUGGAGAGGAAAUGACGAACUGGACAACGGAAGCUAGCAUAACCUAUGAACAGAAAUGUGUGGCGAUUCAAAACAAUGAAUGGCGAGAGCAGCCAUGCAAUGAAAAAAAUUAUUUCAUGUGCUACAAUGCAUGGGGGGGGGUUGUAGCUGAAUACCAGCUCAUUGAACAGAAGAAAGAUUGGUGUGAAGCCCGCCUGUACUGCAGGAAGCAUUUCACUGACCUGGUCAGCAUCAACAACAACACCCAGAACGAGGAGGCCCUCAGAAGAGGAGCCAACAGGACCUUCUGGAUCGGACUGAAGCAUGAUAACUACGAGUGGGAAGACGGACAGUGCUCCACGUUCAGGGAGGGAAUUACCAUCAGAUAUAAGAGCAAGGGAUGUGCUCAUCAGUCUAAAGAUAAAGUUAUUUUAGACAGUUGUGAUAGUGGGAAGGAUGUUAUUUGCAUGCAAGGAGAUACCAGAAUCACCGUCCCCACUGACCCCCUAACCUGGGAAGAGGCCUACGACUACUGCAAGGAGAACCACGACGGACUUCUGUUCAUCCGGGAUCAAGAUGAGCAAAGCGAAGUCGAAAAAUGGCUCGACGUGACUGGGGUUCCUGGACCGGUCUGGCUCGGUCUGAGACAGAGUAGAGCGUUUGGGUUCUGGUUCUGGUCCACCAUCGACCAGGUGGUGGACUUUAUCAACUGGAGAGACGGCCCACCCGAGCUGCCUCUCUCCUACCACUGUGGUGCCAUGGAGGCCGGAGGCAUGUGGAGGGAUGUGAACUGCCAAACCAAGCUACCUGCUCUUUGCAUUGAACACUUUAAGCGCUCAUUACCUUGUUCUUGAGUUGGCUUGUGUGGGUUUAAGAAUUUGUGUGGAUUUCAAAUGUAUCCCUCUAAACUUUGACAAAACAUGCUCAGGAAACCCAUAAGGAUUUCUUAUUUAUAUACUUAGAUACUUGUACUUAGAAAAAAAAUGACCUUAUCUUCUUGUGACGAUGUUGAAUUGAAAAAAAGUACAUCAAAUAAUGGGAAUAAUCAAAUAAAUUAUAUUUGAGUCUGAAUAGAUCAUGAGUUGACGUCAUAUAUAUGUGGAGGACCAAAGCAAUAGUUCUUCCCAAGGCCUUCCGGUGGUUUGUGAUAGGGAGCGAUACGUUGACCGAUCAUCCAUGCAGGAGGAGAUCUGAUUUCAGCGUCGUAAUACGAAUUCAACAAAUGUUGAUGUUUAUAUUACAUAUAUAUUUAUUCUUUAUUUUAUAUUUCAUUAGAAAUUUAUGAAUAAUCAAAUAUGAAUGAGUUUGGGUUAGGGUUAGGGCAAUUAUAGUUGGGCCAUUCAAGUUCCGCACUCAAUGUUGAACAGUUUGCCAAACAGGGCAGGAAUAUUAUGGCAGCCAUGCUGGUUUUCCCCCUGUAAAGCCCCUUUUAAAUAUGGUACGCCUUAUGGCUACAUCGGCCUGGCAACCCUGCCACCAAUUUGCCUGAUAUUCUUCCUAACUGUGCUCUGGUCCUCUCCUCUCAAAGAACGGAGAUGCUUGGUGGAGAUACUGUAUUCUUAUUGGCCAACGUAGUGAAGCGUGCCAACAUACUGUAUGUGUGCUGUGUCCGCGUUAACAGAACUUUUAGACAUUGCGUGGUGGCAGUGGUUCAGGGUUGAUUUGUAACCGUAAGGUUGGCUAGUUCGAUCCCCGGUUCUCCUCGCUGAGUGUCGAGGUGUCCCUGAGCGAGACCCCUCACCCUGACUGCUCCUGACGAGCUGGCGGUCUCCUUGUGGGGUUGACACCGCUGUCGGUGUGUGAAUGCGUGCAUGAACGGUUGUAAGUCGCUUCAGUCUGCUUAACACCCUAAAUAGAAUAUAAAAACAAUGCUUGUAUUGCAUAAUCUGAUAUCGUUUUAUAUUUAAUUAUUUGUUUAGCCACAGUUUCCAGAUACAAUUUGGAUGAAGGGCAUAAUUAAAAGCAGCAGGGAAAUAUUUUAUUCAAUGUUCACCUCUUUGUUUUUUUAACUUUGGGAGCUGGGAACGGAGAAAACAUUGUCCACUUCACAUCGGAGCCGCCCCCUCACACAAGCCAGUCUCUUAACUGAACACACAAUCUCUGGACUCCACGACAGGACAGGCAACGCUUGUUCUUUUGACAGGAGGAUCAGGAAGUGAGCCUACUCGAGUCGUAGUUCACUCGGCUGCCAGUGAAUGUAACGCCUAUCUGCGUGCUUUGGUUUAAAACCAUUCUGUUAAAUGUACUGCUUAACGGCAGGUUGACAGGGUUACCCUCGAUCCAGCGCAUGGUUUUGGGUCCGGUUACAGUUUUGAGAUGCAUGCAAAUAAACAUUGAAUCCCCUUUCUUUAA